GACUAUUCCGACUAAUCGAUACCUUGAAGAACGUAACGUACUAACCUUGCAUCUUACAAUCACAUCAGCAUCACCAAUAAAAUCAAAUCAAUUUUAUUUUUGUAGUCUAGUUCAAUUCUGUGAAAGCUGAGGUUAUGUUGUCAAAAUUUAAGAUACAUUUUUUGUAAUAAUUCUUCAGUGGGUUUGAGUUUUCAUUGCACCAUGGCCGAUAUUGUGUGGAACGAACCUACAGACGAAACUCCUUGGCCGAACAAUGCGCAAUUAUUUCAACCUCUUGAAUUGGAACAGAUAUUAUUGCCAGAUAAUGCCAAUUGUCUGUACAUUCAGACGUUUCUAAGAAUGUGCGAUCUUGAUUUCGAAAUCAUCUAUCGGAGCAAUGCAGAGUUCAUGUCUCCUUCGGGUAAAGUUCCUUUCUUAAAAUGUGGACCUUAUAUAUGUGAAGCGGAUUCUAUUGUUAAUUUUGUGGGCAAUAAAGGAUAUGCUUUGUCCAAGGAUCUAGACCCAAGUAAUAAAGCUGAUCUGCGAGCAUUUACAUCACUAGUGAAUUCGGUUUUAGUCUUCGCUGAGCUGUACAUCACAUGGUGUGAAUCCAGUGUAUAUAAUGAAGUUACUCGGCCAAGAUAUGGAUCAGGAUAUCCAUGGCCUCUCAACACUGUCUUAACAUACAAAAAAAGAAAACAGGUCAUCAAAAUGCUAAAACCACAUGGCUUCUACGAUAUGUCUAUCAAUGAAGUUUAUAAAAAGGUUGAGACGUGCUGUCAAUGUCUAUCAACGAAGCUUGAUAACAACAAUUAUUUUUUUGGAGAACAGGCUACAGAAUUCGAUGCCCUUGUAUUUGGACAUGUCUACACGAUUCUAACAACUCCUUUACCAACCAACAAGUUUUCAGCUAUUGUUCGAGGUUUUCCCAACAUUGUUGCACAUUGUGAAAGAAUCGAAAAAACAUACUAUCCUAGCGAUAAAAGUCGAAAAUGAAUAGCAAAGCUUGUUAGUCUCCAAAAUUAUUAUAAUAUUUGAAUAGUUCAAAAAUUUUCAUUUCAAUGCAAUAAUUAUUUAUUAAUGUCACCAUCAAUGUACAUAAUUGUUAAAAUAAAAUAGUUUAAAAGCUCA